UCCCACUCCCUCUCCCUCUCCUGUACGCGGCAGGGACAGCCGGCCGGCGAGCUCCCGCCUCCGCGCUCUCCCUUGCGGCAACCCAGGACGUGCUCCUCCUCCCCUCUCCUCCCUCCUCCCGCUGCCUGCGCCGAUCUCCCGCGAGCAGGGGGCGCUGCCGUCCUUCGUCCUCGCCGGUUCUUGGAACGAUUUAUGGGUUCAAGACCAGCUGAUGAUGUUCUUGAUGCCGCCGCUGCUGGGGUCCACUACUCAGCGCUCCGUUUGGAGGAGCUUAAAAUCAAUGGUUCCGUGGCAGGGGAGGAGCAGCCGACGACCUCCGGGGUGGAGAAUGGGCACCAAGAGCCGUUUGUCAUUGGUGUUGCUGGGGGUGCAUCUUCAGGUAAAAGUACUGUAUGCAAAAUGAUCAUCGAACAGCUACGCGAUCAGCGUGUUGUUGUUGUUACUCAGGAGUCCUUUUAUUAUGGGUUGUCUGAUGAGGAAUUGGUCCAUGUUCAUGAUUAUAAUUUUGAUCAUCCAGAUGCAUUUGAUACGGAGUUGCUACUCUCUUGUAUGGAGAACUUGAAACAUGGCAAGGCUGUGGACAUUCCUAAUUACAAUUUCAAAACAUAUAAGAGUGUUGCAAGCGCAAGAAAGGUCAAUCCUUCAGAUGUAAUUAUUUUGGAAGGAAUUCUGGUUUUCCAUGAUUCACGUGUUCGGGAUUUGAUGAACAUGAAGAUCUUUGUUGAUACAGAUGCUGAUGUGCGAUUAACAAGGAGGAUUCGACGUGACACCAUUGAUAAGGGUAGAGAUAUCAAAACUGUGCUAGAUCAGUACUCAAAGUUUGUUAAGCCUGCUUUUGAAGACUUCAUCCUCCCAACCAAGAAAUACGCUGAUAUUAUCAUCCCACGAGGUGGUGAUAAUGAUGUUGCAAUCGACUUAAUAGUUCAGCAUAUUCGUACUAAGCUUGGUCAACAUGAUCUCUGUAAAGUACACCCUAAUCUGUAUGUCAUACAGACUACUUAUCAGAUACGAGGUAUGCACACAAUAAUACGGGAUGCUGCCACAACAACACAUGAUUUCAUAUUCUAUGCCGAUCGGUUGAUUCGAUUGGUUGUUGAGCAUGGUCUUGGUCAUCUUCCGUUCAAGGAAAAGCAGGUCAUAACUCCAACCGGGUCUGUUUACACUGGGGUAGAGUUCUCCAAAAGAUUGUGCGGUAUCUCAGUGAUUAGAAGUGGUGAGAGUAUGGAGAAUGCAUUGCGGGCAUGCUGUAAAGGUAUAAAGAUUGGGAAGAUUCUUAUUCACAGGGAAGGAGACAAUGGCAAACAGCUAAUCUAUCACAAUUUACCAAAAGAUAUUGCAAACAGGCAUGUGCUGUUGUUGGAUCCCAUACUGGGAACAGGAAAUUCAGCUGUUCAAGCUAUAUCUCUACUGCUGAAGAAGGGUGUACAGGAAACAAAUAUUAUUUUUCUGAAUCUGAUAUCAGCUCCCCAAGGUGUGCACGUGGUCAGCAAGAGUUUUCCAAGAGUGAAGAUCGUGACAUCAGAAAUUGAGUUUGGUCUGAAUGAUGAUUUUCGUGUCAUCCCUGGAAUGGGUGAGUUUGGAGAUAGGUACUUCGGCACAGAUGAUUAUCAGUCAUCAACACCAUUCUUUUGUGAUGAGAAAAAUCGUGUCAGGCUUUUGUGAGCAUUUCCAGACAGACAUACAAGUCUUGCCGACGGCAUCGUCCCCAUUUUUUGAGAAAUAUAAUUUUUACAUUUCGAAAGUCCGUUGCCCAUAUAUAAAUGUAUUCCUUAACCGAAACUAUGUAUCGGUUAACAUUACAGACCGACCGAUCUCAUCUCAUGACAAAAUGGAGUAAAUUCCGUUCUCCUUGUCUCCA